UAUGUAGUUAUAUUACAACUUGGAAAAAAGUCAAACUAAUAAAUAAAGUGGCUAACAAGUUACUCUUUCAAAUGCAGAUUAAGUUGAAUGGGCUGCUUCAGGUGUUUUGGACCAGGAAGUCCAAGGAUUUGACAGCGCACAUGGCCUCUGACAUCAUCAAAACCAGCCAAAAAGGAAUAGUCCAUGUACUCACUGGGGACCAACCCACGGGAAAUCACUUCCAUUGCCACCUUCUCCCAGAAAUCUUCCGCAUCGACCUUGCCAUCAAAAUUUGCUGGUGGUUCCUCAAUACUGCUCACUUUGAAGGAAAUUACAGUCAUGCCAUACUCUUUGCAAGUCGAAUAUGUGGUCCAUCACCACGGUCACAGGAUGGUAUCCGCAUGACACACACGCAAAUGUGUAAUUGUGGUCACACAGCGCUUCAAAUGUCAAGUAAGCCUGCAGAACCCUUUGACCUGAUGGGUAGCGUUUGCCAGCCGUUUUUUCCAGUGCCUCUACAACGCUCCCAACAGCCUGGUGGACCGGAGGUGGUUACAACACAGGAGAGUGGAGUCCCCACCUCAACGGCUGCCCUCUGCCGUUCCAGACACCUGUCUCUCUUGUCCUGCCCAAACCACUUCUCGACUACCAUCAGCUGGAGGACUUCUUCGGAGAGAGCAGGAUACCUCACUGUUGCCGGAGGGCAAUAAGACAGGGACUGAAUGUGAGGACAUUCAAAUGUUCUUAAAUUUGAUCUCUCUGCACAGUCCAUGCUAAUUUUGCAGUUAUCCAUUUCACAUUGGGUGUUUUGGUUUUGCCCCCAAGUCCUCUUAAUCACGUGGAUUGGUGUGCUGGGGGUGGCAAAAGAUUUUGCAACUGCAAAUACACCGCUUUCAAAAUCAAUACACUGACAGUUCAGGUGGUAUUGGGCGUUGAUGUCUGGUUUUACCAGGGCGUGGCGUCUCUGAAGAUGUAGCCUUAGAUUUCUUCUGUUUAAAGUUAGAUCACAGUGUGGACACACAACUGACUCUUUAUUCUUCCGGAUGAGUGGUGGAGGAGGUGGCACUACAGAGGCAGGUGCAGGGGCAGGAAACGCUGUGACAGAGGCAGGAGCAGAGGCAGCAAACGCCGUGACCGAUGCAGGUGCAGGAAACGCCGUGACCGAUGCAGGAGCAGCAAACGCCGUGACAGAGGCAGAGGCAGGAAACGCCGUGACAGAGGCAGAGGCAGGAAACGCCGUGACAGAGGCAGAGGCAGGAAACGCCGUGAUAGAGGCAGGUGCAGGAAACGCCGUGACAGAGGCAGGUGCAGGAAACGCCGUGACAGAGGCAGGUGCAGGAAACGCCGUGACAGAGGCAGAGGCAGCAAACGCCGUGACAGAGGCAGAGGCAGCAAACGCCGGGACAGAGGCAGGUGCACAGGGUGGUGACUGGUGACUGCUGAUAUGUUGUUGAAACUGGUCCUUUCUUACAAUUGUAGCACUGCAGUGAAGGCAAUGAAAAUGUGCAGAUGUCCUGCAAGACCUGCUGCAUUUGCAGAUAAGAAACCCU